GGCCUGGACAAAACUCUGUUUCUUUGAGAGAAAUCUCUCUUGAAAGGACAUUUCCUUUUGCUGUUGCUUUUCUGUUAAGAAACCAAGGCUUCAGAAUUUACUGAAUGAGAAUGUAUUGGAAACCAACUUCUUCAACUUUACUGCUUGUCUUUAUGCUUUUGCUGAAUGGCAUUUCAUCCAUUCCACACAGCAGACACAAACUGCUAUACAGUGGAAAAAACCACGGAUACACAUGUGUGGGUUGUGUGAUUACAAUUUCCAUAGUAGAACAACUUGCUGAAGUCCACAACUCUACAGUAAAAGAAGCCCUGGAAAGACUCUGUGGCUUCUUUUCUGAAAUAUGGAACUUAAAACGCAUUUGCUUUCUACUUUUGGAUAUAUUUGGACCAACUAUUAUUAAACGAAUGGAGGCUAAAAUGAAUGCUGAUAUGCUGUGCUAUUCUAUUCAUUUGUGUCGACAGCGGGCUGGACAACCACAUUGUCAUCUAUAUGAUCUUCCUAAGGUUGGGUUAAAUGCGGCUAUAAAGGAAUCAGAAAGAAUGGCUGAAACUCAGAUCUCGGAAACCAUGCAUGGGCUAUCAGGCAUAUGCUCACUUCCUUUUCUGAAGGACUUGUGUAAAAAUAUUGAAAAAGUUAUCAAGUCUAAGUUACCUUAUAAAGACUUUGAUGGAGAUAAAUUCAGUACUUCCCCGAACUUAAGAGGAUAUUACUGGAGAGGCAGAGACUGUGAUGAUACAGAGUCCUCUGUACAUCCCGGCAGGCGCCCUGAUAACUGGGAUGCCAAGAAGGAUUCCAACUGUAAUGGUAUAUGGGGUGUUGAUCCCAAAGAUGGCAUCCCCUACGAGCAGAAAUUCUGUAAUGGCACAGAUUCCAAGGGGAUAAUCAUUCUGGGAGAUUCAGCUGCAGCUCACUUUCACAUCCCUCCUGAAUGGAUAACAGCCUCCAAAAUGUCAAAGAAAGCAUUUUCUAAUAUUCCUGAAGUACUAUCAAAUGAACUUGAUUGGCCUCAGUUUUCAGGAACCACUGGAUUUUUGAAUUCCACAAUUGGAGGAUGGACAGAGUCAUUCUACUUAAAUUUACGCAGAAGAAACCAUUGCAACCACAGAGAUUACCAGCAGCUUUCCAAAAAUGGUGCCUCCUCAGAAAAUAUUCUAGAUCUGUUAAAAAGCUUGGCAAGGACUCAACAGUUUGACAAGCCAGCAAUUGUUAUCUUUGCAUUGAUUGGGAAUGAUGUCUGCAAUGGGAAACGUGAUACAGUGAAACACAUGACAAGACCUGAUGAAAUGCGCAUCAAUGUUAUACAAACUCUGCAUUAUCUAGAUAGCCAGGUUCCAAAAGGAAGCCAUGUGCUUUUAACUGGCUUGGUAAAUGGUGACAUCCUAUGGGAUAAUAUGCACAGCCGUUACCAUCCUCUUGGUCAGUUAAACAAAGAUGUCACUUAUGGACAACUGUAUUCAUUUCUUAGCUGUCUUCAGGUCAAUCCAUGCAGAGGUUGGAUGUCUUCAAACAGCACACUUAGGGAUGUGACCACAAAGAGAGCUGCACAGCUUUCCAGUGUCCUGAAAGAAAUAGCAAUAUCAGAGAAAUAUGCCAAUUUUGAUGUUUUCUACAUGGAUUACCCAUUGAAAGAAAUUACUGAGCUGUGGCACAAGUUGGGAGGAGAGACCUGGCAGCUGAUUGAACCUGUGGAUGGCUUUCAUCCUAAUCAGAUUGCUUCUGCCCUUGGAACAAGAAUCUUGUGGGAGAAGAUACUCCGUAAAUGGCCUUACAUUCUUGGGAAAGAAAAUCCAUUCAACAGGGAGAUUGCAUCAGUCUUCAAAGAUCAAGGAGGACACUGAUUUCAAAUAGGAAUAGCAAAUCUUUAUUUCCUAUCCAUGGUCACAUUCUCUUGGAGGUAAUUUAUCAAGGGCCACAAACUGGCAAAAGUAUUAAAAUUCACUUGCAAAUUCCCAC